AAAAGCCAGACUGCGCAGCACUGCUUGGCGUUUGUUGUGAAAUUUACUUACCUGACUUACGUUGACGAUAGCCAGUGGCCAUGGACGAAUCCUCGCGACAGCACAUGGAGGACUGCUUCCUGCGCAGUCCCAACGACAUCCGCACCACCAACGUGCCCGCUAUGCCAAAAUCGCAGGCGGCUGACAACAAGUCCCGGAAAACGGAGCUCCAUGUCCUUCGGCUUAACGAUGAGUCCCGCCAGAUGACAAUGGACACGCUGCGUCAGAUCCACGGACCGGAUUUCCAGCUGGACGACAUCAGCAAGUACAAGGAUCGCGGACGCGGUGGUCAUGGCGUGAAGCACUCCUACUGGCAGGAUCGCGGCACCCUGGUGGUGCAGAGUGUCCAGGGCGUGAGCUCAACGCGUGGCAACGACAGUGAUGGGGAUCGCCUGCGCCGAUAUGCCUUGGCCAAACUGGAAAACUACGGCUUCCAGGCAGUCCACUGUCUGGAGGCUUAUGAGCACUGCUCCGGCGACACGGAAGCCGCUCUACUGCUUCUCUACCGUCGCUAUAUGAGGAUUCCCGAGGAGGAGCAACUGACUCUCGAGCCACCCAGCGAGCAAGAAAUACUGGACAUGCGCGCCGACGAGAAGGAGGCCCUGGAGUCCAUCUACGAUAAGGCGUACGAGGAGCGCGAGGCGAAUCGCGUGUGGAACCUCAAGUUUCGCAUCGACCACCUGCUGGCCCAUAGUCCCUCGGAGGUGCGAAAGGCCAGGGAGGCGGUCCUGGCCGCCGCUGCUGCCGCUGCCCAGGCGGCGCUCGACAAGAAGAAAAAGGCUCCGUUACGAUGUCGCAAUUUCGAUCGUGACGGCACCUGUAAAUUCGGUCCCAAGUGCCGGUUCGCUCACCUGCCACCACAACCCACGGAAUCGGACACGCCCAAAAAGGAUAGCGUUGACGAGAACGAUAACGAGCUGUGGUUUCACGUGGAAGUACGCUUUCCACCAGGCAGUCGGUAUCCAUAUGAAGCGCCUUUCAUCUACCUGAAAACCACCUGCCACGACAUACCGCACGAGCUGCGUCUCCGGUACGCCCGCCACCUGUACAAGGAGGCCAGAGAGAUAUGCCGGGAUGGCAUACCCUGUGUGUACAGCAUAUGCGAUCUGCUGCAGUCCAAUGAGCAGUUGGCCGGACGAUUGGAUACGUCUGCUUUUCCCUCGCCCAAGCGCUCACUCUUCUAUGAUGAGCCAGAGGGCGGUGGAGUGAAUCCGGAUGACGAGCAUCAUCAGGCACCGAAGCCUUCGCACUACACACGUGGUCAAACGUCGCGAAAUGAUGGAGGCCACCAGCGAAACGCGGAAGCCCAGACGAGAGAGAACCGACGCCUGUUGCAGCAGUUCGUGGAGCGACGAAAAGAGGAGCGCUAUCAGAAGGUCAUUGAUGGCCGGAAACAGCUGCCCGCCUUUGCCGAAAUUGAACGUAUCCUAGCGCUGAUUGAAAGCUCGCCGGUGGUGGUAAUAUCUGGUGAAACGGGUUGCGGCAAGAGUACCCAAGUGCCGCAGUUCAUUUUGGACAAUUGGUUCUUCCGCGCACUUCAACUGCCAGCAAAGGAGAACUUGCCCCACGUGGAAAUCAUAUGCACGCAACCGCGACGACUCUCGGCCAUCGGGGUGGCGGAGAGAGUGGCUGCGGAACGUCUGGAUCGCAUUGGUCAGCUGGUUGGUUACCAGAUCCGCUUAGAAAACAAAGUUUCGCAAAGCACGCGACUCAGUUUCUGCACCACGGGCAUCUUGUUGCGGCGUUUGGCUUCGGAUCCGCUAUUAGAAAGCGUCACACACGUCAUAGUGGACGAAGUGCACGAGCGCUCCGAGGAGUCCGAUUUCCUACUGCUAAUUCUGAAGAAUUUGUUGCGGGAACGCAAGGAUCUGAAAGUAAUUCUCAUGUCGGCCACGCUCAAUGCCGCUCUCUUUUCGGAUUACUUCGGCGGAGCUCCCGUGCUGGAUAUUCCUGGUCGAACGUUCCCAGUGCAGCAGCUCUUUUUGGAGGAUAUCGUGGAGAUGAGCGACUUCGUCAUGGAGUACGACACCAAGUACUGUCGCAAGCUGAAGAAGCAGGAGCAGGACAUACUGGAGCGCGAACUGGAGUACGCCGAUGUCCAAGCAUCGGGGCAAGCGCCAGGCAAAAAAAUCAAAGACGAAAAACUAACUCUGGCCGAGACUUAUCAGCGAUACGCGGAAUAUAGCAAGCCCACAUGCAAAAGUAUUUACCUGAUGGAGCCCAUGACUAUCAAUCCCGAACUGAUCGAAUCCGUACUGAAGUACAUCGUUGAAGGCUCUCACGAUUGGCCCCGCGAAGGAACCAUCCUCAUCUUCCUGCCUGGCUUCGGAGAAAUCCAAACCGUGCACGACUCCUUGCUGGAUAAUGCUCUCUUUUCUCCACGCGCCGGCAAAUUCAUCCUGGUGCCACUGCACUCUGCCCUUUCUGGCGAAGAUCAGGCGCUAGUCUUCAAAAAGGCCCCGCCCGGUAAACGAAAGAUCGUGCUGAGCACAAACAUAGCUGAGACCUCGGUGACCAUCGACGACUGUGUGUUCGUGGUGGACUGCGGCCUGAUGAAGGAAAAGUGUUUCGACUCAAACCGGAACAUGGAGUCACUGGACCUGGUCUGGGUCUCUCGUGCCAAUGCCAAGCAGCGCAAGGGUCGUGCCGGUCGUGUGAUGCCGGGAGUGUGCAUCCACCUAUACACCAGCUACCGUUAUCAUCACCACAUACUCUCCCAGCCGGUGCCAGAGAUCCAGCGAGUGCCACUCGAGCAGAUUGUGCUGCGCAUCAAGACGCUGCAAACGUUCGCCUCACGCAACACGCUCUCUGUUCUCCUGGAGACACUGGAGGCGCCAACAGAGGACAGCGUACUGGGUGCGUUGACACGACUGAGGGAUGUGGGCGCACUCGAUGCAGAGGACCAAUUGACCCCGUUGGGCCAUCAUUUGGCAGCCCUUCCCGUAGACGUGCGCAUCGGCAAGCUGAUGCUGUAUGGAGCGAUCUUCCAGUGUCUGGAUAGCGUCCUGACCAUCGCCGCCUGCCUGAGCAACAAGUCGCCAUUCGUAAGUCCGCUCAACAAACGCACGGAGGCGGACAAGUGCAAACGGAUGUUCGCGCUGGGCAACAGCGAUCACCUGACCGUUCUCAAUGCAUACAGGAAAUGGCUGGAUGUUGCGCGUAGGGGAAACUAUGCAGCCAGCAGAAACUAUGCCAGUGAGCAUUUUCUCUCGCUGAACACUCUUGAGACGAUAGCUGAUCUUAAGUACCAAUACCUGGAGCUACUCGUUUCCAUCGGCUUUGUGCCGAUCAAUGUGCCGCGUAGGCGGAAGAAUGCCUGCGACAAUAUACUGACACUAACGGGUGUGGAGCAGAACCACAACGGUGAUAACAACAGGCUGCUGACCUCGCUCCUUUGUGCCGCCCUCUACCCAAACAUCGUGAAGAUCAUGACGCCGGAUCGCGUCUACAUUCAAACAGCUGGCGGUGCAGUGCCGCGUGAGCCGAGCCACCACGACCUGCGCUUUAAGACUAAAGGCGAUGGUUACGUGAAGAUUCACCCGUCGUCGGUUAACUCGCAGGUGGCCACCUUCCAGGCGCCGUUCCUCGUCUUUCAGGAGAAGGUGCGCACCAGCGCCAUUUACAUACGCGACUGCUCGAUGCUGCCACUCAUCGCCAUGGUCUUGUUCGCCGGCAGCGACUUUAAGGUGGAGCUACACGAUGGGGACUUCCUGUUCCUGCUGGAGAGCGGUUGGAUUAUUUUGAAGGCCCACGAUCUCGAGACCGCUGAGAUGGUGCAGUGCCUGCGAACGGAGAUGAUCAAGCUGCUCGAGGAGAAGAUUCGCGAUCCGUGCCUUAACCUGCUGCACCACAAAAACGGCUGCCGUAUGAUCGCCAACAUCGUUCACUUGAUCAGUAAAAACAGCUGAGAAGCUACUCAUUUCAGAACUAUCCAAAUCGUUUGUACAUUUUGUGUUAUAGCUGUUAAAGCCAAUAUUUAAAAAGCCUGUAAUAUAUAUACGCCAAACGAGACAAAUAACGAAUCACCGAAA